AUCUUCGACGAGUGCCUCGCGCCGUACUUCGCCGGCGCGGACCGGCCCGUCAAGCUCGGCGACACCUUCGCGGCGCCCCUGGAGCUCGACGGCGAGGCCUGGGACGUCGCGUGGCGCGUCGCGAGCCUGGGCCUCGACCACGAGGGCCGGCCGCUCGCCGAGGCCGUCGUCGGCGCGUCGAGCGCGCUCGUCGCCGAGGCGCCCUACGACGCCGAGGUCGCGGGCGCGGCGCUGCCGAGCUACGGCGACGUCGGCGGCUGCGCGUCCCACAUCGACCAGCUCAAGGAGGUCCUCGAGAUGCCCCUCCACUCGCCGGGCCUCUUCCGCGGCGUCGGCGUGAACCCGCCGCGCGGCGCGCUGCUCCACGGGCCGCCGGGCUGCGGCAAGACCACGCUCCUCCGCGCGGCGGCCUACGAGUGCGGCUGCAACGUCGAGGUGCUCAACGGCGGCGACGUCGCCGCGAAGAAGCCCGGCGAGGCCGAGGAGGUGCUCCGCGCGAAAUUCGCGGCCGCGGAGAAAGGCGGCGCGCCCGCGUCCCGCCCCGCGCCGUCCGUGAUCAUGAUCGACGAGAUCGAGUGCAUCGCGCAGAAGCGCGACAAGGCCGACAGCGAGCAGGACAAGCGCAUCUGCGCGCAGCUCCUCACGCUCAUGGACGGCCUGAAGCCCGCGUCCGGCGUCGUCGUGCUCGCGGCGACGGGCAAGCCCAACGACCUCGACCCGGCCCUGCGGCGCUUCGGGCGCCUCGACCGCGAGGUCGCCCUCGAGGUGCCCGACGAGGCCGCGCGGCGCGAGAUCCUCGCCGUGAAGACGCGGGGCAUGAGCCUCGCCGGCGACGUCGACCUCGACGACGUCGCGCGCGACUGCCACGGCUUCGUCGGCGCCGACGUCGCCCAGCUCUGCACGGAGGCGGCCCUACUCUGCGUGCGCGAGGCGCUGAGGAACGCUGGUGAGGACCUCGCCGCGGACCUCGAAUUGGACCCGGCGGCCCUCGAGGUCACCAAGGCCCACUUCGCGAAAGCGCUCAAGACCUGCAACCCGAGCUCGCUGCGCGAGUCCGUCGUCGAGGUGCCCGACGUGUCGUGGGCCGACGUCGGCGGCCUCGAGGACGUGAAGCGCGAGCUCAAGGAGACGGUCGAGUACCCCGUGCAGUUCGCCGACGAGUACGCCAAGUUCGGCAUGCCCCCGUCCAAGGGCGUCCUCUUCUACGGCCCGCCGGGCUGCGGCAAGACCUUGAUCGCCAAGGCCGUCGCGAACGAGUGCGGCGCGAACUUCAUCUCCGUCAAGGGCCCCGAGCUCCUCACCAUGUGGUUCGGCGAGUCCGAGGCGAACGUGCGGAGCCUCUUCGACAAGGCGCGCGCCGCCGCGCCCUGCAUCCUCUUCUUCGACGAGAUGGACUCCAUCGCGAAGGCGCGGUCCGGCUCCGCGGGCGGCUCCGAGGCGGGCGACCGCGUCAUGAACCAGAUCCUCGCGGAGAUCGACGGCGUCGGCACGAAGAACGUCUUCGUCAUCGGCGCGACGAACCGGCCCGACAUCCUCGACCCCGCGGUGACGCGGCCGGGCCGCCUCGACCAGCUCAUCCACAUCCCGCUGCCCGAUCGCGACUCGCGCUACAACGUCUUCAAGGCGUCGCUGCGCAAGGCGCCCCUGGACCCGGCCGUGGACCUCGACAAGCUCGCGGACUUUACGGUGGGCUUCUCCGGCGCCGACAUCUCGGAGAUCUGCCAGCGCGCGGCGAAGAACGCCGUCAAGGACGCCGUCGCGCGCGAGGCGCGCGGCGAGUCGCCCGAGCCCUACAUCUCCAGGGCCUGCUUCGAGGAGGCCGUGUCCCGCGCCCGCAAGUCCAUCCCCCAGUCCGAGAUCGACCGCUACGACGCCUUCUCCGCCGCGAUGAAGACGUCCGCGAAGAAGUCCGCGUCGCAAAAGUUCUCCUUCGAGGACGGCGGCUGGGUCGACGCGGCGGAGGCCCCGGCCUCCUCCGCGGCCGUCGCACCGGCGGAGGCCCCGAGCUCCUAGGACCAAGACCCCGCGCCCCUAACAGAGGAGCCGACUCCAGAUAGCUU